AUGCUGAUGGUCGAGGUCCACGGUAGUGCUGUACCAUUAUGGCGGGAAAGAGGGGGCAUCAACUCGCUCAAGCUGUACAAAGUGCUGCGUCCCAGUGAUGUGGAAACGGCAGGCAAGCUUAGAGAGGCCGGUAUUCGGGUUUCUUUUGAAGACCCAAGUCUCGACGAUCGUAUCAAGAUAGGCGCGCAGAAAUACGACGGGUGCCAGCUCAAUACGAUAUUCACGCCGAAGACUAAGAUGCGUGUUAUCGACCAGGACAUGAUUGUAUACAUCAAACUGGUCUACUCAAGUGUACUAUUCAAAGGACUAGGCUCGGUCGUAGCUUUCGGCAGCGACGAAGUCUUGAAGGGGAUUAAGGGCACCAACAAUUCAGACGGCGUUAAUAGACUUCAAGAGAUCUGGAGAGCGAUGAAGCUCACCAAGGUUAAGGGGCAAGGCUCGCAGGAUCGUAAUGUCCUACCAGAGGAAGACCUGUUCGGAGCCAUAGAGGGCAAUGCAGGCGGAAAGGUCAAGGCGAGGAAGGGAAGGGGGCCGACAGGGUCGGGCACGGGUGUGCUAAGGAAGACCAAGGCGGCGGCGACGACAACGAUGGAGUAG